AUGAAAAUUCUAAUAACAUCCGACAAUCACUUGGGAUACAAAGAGUCUGACCCUGUCCUGUUUGAUGAUAGCUACAACACUUUCGAGGAGAUAUUGAAUGUGGCGCAAAGGGAAAGGGUCGACCUAAUACUGCAGGGAGGAGACUUAUUCCAUGAGAAUAGACCAUCUAGAAACUGCCUGAAUAAGACCAUAGGACUGCUUAGAAGAUAUUGUGUGGGAAAUGGCAGGUCCUGUCUUAAGUCGAACUGGAACCUGAAUCUCCAUGACCAAAAUAUCACCAUUUCUGUUCCUGUGGUGGCCAUUCAUGGAAACCAUGAUGAUCCAAGCGGGGUAAAUAUGGUUUCUCCGCUUGACAUUCUUCACAGUAGCGGGCUUGUGAACUACAUAGGGAAGCACAGCCUGAUGGAUAGAAUAGAUGUCUUUCCUCUGCUACUGCAAAAAGAAUACAGGGUUGCAAUCUAUGGGAUGGGGCAUAUUAAGGACAGAAGACUCUACAGAAUGUUCUGUGAGGGAAGAGUUGUGUUUCAUAAGCCAAAGGAUUAUGAUUCGUGGUAUAACAUCCUUGUUCUCCAUCAGAACAGAGUUCCUAGGGAGAAGGAGCAUGUUUCGUUGGACUUUAUAGACGACUUCUUUGAUCUUGUGAUAUACGGGCAUGAACAUGAAAGUAAGGUGAUAAAUGAGGGACGGUUGAUACUUCAGCCGGGCUCCACGGUUAGGACAUCUCUGUGCGAAGGCGAAAGAUAUAACAAGUACAUAUAUAUUUUAAGGAUUGGAGAAGAAUGCAUCUUAGAGCAUGUCAGACUAAGAAGCGUAAGGCCAUUCGUGCUGGAUGUGCUGAGAAUUGAGGGUAAAUGUAAUGCCGAAGAAUUGGCUAGAGACAAAGUCAAGAAGAUGAUAGACGCAGGAAAAAAGAAAGAGGCCUUCUCUUGUGAAAAAGCCACAUUUGUGGAUGUCGAUACAAAAAGAUUUAAAUGUAAAUGGGAUAUCGCUGAUGAUACGAAUCAAGUGACUUCUGUGUCUAAUGAUUACCUAUACGAAGAAAAGAAUUACAUUCCAAUUAUCAGACUGAAGAUUGAGCUUCAUGGAAACGGCACCUUUGAUAGACAUAAACUUGGCAUGGAGUUCAAAGGACUAGUAGCCAAUCCAAAUGACAUGCUGUCUAUAUCUAGGAGAAUUGGAAGGAGGGAAGGAAUUGAAGUCCGGCCGACUGAAGAAAAGAUUGAAAUAACACGUAUACUAAGAAGGAUACUUGGAAACGUUGAGUUUGGAGUUUUGAGCCGGCUUUGCUUUUCUGAAAGCCUUGAAGAGUAUGUUCGAGGAGACAGCAAUGCCUUUAUUGGCAUGAUUAGAAAAAAUAUUGAAAAGAUUAUAAAUUCGAUAGACUAUUCUUCGAUUGUAGAUGAGGAUGUAAUCAAGGCUAUGAAGAGAAUCAGCUGUGAAGAAGAUCGUUGUUAUGGUGAGGAGCAAGUGGAAAGUAGGGCAUACCAGGAUGCCACUGGCAAAAAGAAGGCAAACAUUAACCAUACAGAUGAAGAACUGAAGAAGAGAAGCUACUCUGAAGAUAACAACGAAGAAAACGAGCCAAGGGCCAAGAAGGGCUUUACCGUAGAAGAUCUAUUAGAAAAGGAACGCCUGAGCGGUAAGAUAAAAAAUAGCAAGGAAGACUCAAGCACUGAUGUUUCUUUUACAUUCUCAAAAUACCUAUAA